UAACCCAUGCACAUAUUUGGUCUUUAAUAGGCUUGGAUGAUGAGCUCACUAAAGAAAAUAUUUAUUACCAUGAAAUAAACAGUGUAACUUUCCUGACAAACGAAAACAAGCUUCAUAAAACAGCUAGGUGGCGAGCUUUCUGGAUCCACUGCGUCCUUCACCUCGCGAUUUUAAGGCGAUCCUUCACUAUUAUAAAAAGAAUAGUAACUUACAUGGAAACAUAACUAUCGGUUUUCUGAGAUUGAAAAUAUUACUUGAUGUUGAUUUUAGUUCAUACUAUUUGUUGGUUACUCCAGCUUACGAAAAUUAUGAAAUAUUUCUUCAAAGGUCAUGUGGAAGACACGAGGGCACCCAUGCCUUCCCUUCGACCUUCCCUCUGCUCUUCGUUCCAACAAUGACAGCGACUCUUGGUACCACAUUACCUUCCCUUCUACCCUCGACCUCAAACCUUCGUGACUCUUGGUACGGGCCUUAUUCUUGUCUGCGAUAUAAUAGUUACAUAUAUUCAUUUUCCUAGAUCAUAUACAUAUCUAAGAAAACGAAUGGCUGCUGGUUUUCUUGGGUACACUCAUCUAAAACGCUUAUGGCCCGCAAGACGUAAUAAUACGUCCCCGGACUGGAGAUUCGUCACUGCGGCAAGCCACUCUAGCACCGAAGCCAUGAAUGCGAUAAGACUGCCUGCCGAUGACCACCAUCUCCCGCUGUCCCUGCCCCACUCUCAGUCCCCAGCAAGGUCAUCUGCCUCUGCUGCUGCACUUGACAGUCAGGAACCUGCCCCCAUGAUGGAAGAACAGGAAAUGACCAUUCCCUCUUCAGGUGAGGAGGCUGUUGCACGUAGGAUCCGUCUGCGGUUCCCAGGUGACUGUCCCCUUACUACUACGGCACGGAAGUAUGAGUGGUACAUAGGUCUCCUUCGUCAACACCCUGACGCUUCACCGUUGUUCAAGAAAGGUAGGAAUGCCCCCUACAUCACCCUUAUAGACAGGCCAAUGUCUGCCAAGGUGACGAGUGACGGUUUUAACGGGGUUAUUUUGGACACUUUUGAGAGGCAGUCGCGUGUUGUCAUUAUUCAUGAUGUGCCCACAUAUCAUUAUUCAUGAUGUGCCCACAUAUGUGAAUGUCAACCUAAUAGAGGAACCUGAGGGCUUUCUCUGGCUGAAGAGGCGGACUGUUGGCGGGGCCUCUCGUCCACAGCUUCUCGAGGCAGUGCGUGGUGUGAUACCACAGAUGGUGAGGUUCACAGGAGUGUAUGGCCAGAAACAUGUCACUGCUUACGCUCCAGAACCUGACCUGUGUCGCCGCUGCAGCCGGUGGGGGCACAAGGCAUGGAGGUGCAGGGCGGCCCAUCCUCGCUGUCGCUACUGUGCUGCCUCUCACGACUCUGAUGUGUGCUUCCAGAAAAUAUCGCAAGGCCUCAAGUUCCCUCCCAAGUGCUGCAACUGUCUGGGCUCCCAUAAUGCCCAGUCUGGUGACUGCCCCUACAAGCCACGUUCACCUGGGGCCUCGCGUGGGCAGCCCUCUGUUGGUGAAGCAGCUGGUGACCAGCCGACCAUCUUCAAGCCUGCACCACCCCCAGUGGGGAAUGCUUGGGGUCACGCUGCUACUGCCUCAGACUUCCCCGCUCUGUGCCCUCCCUCCAGGACCACUACUGCCAGUCUUGCUGUUCCUCCUACUCCCACACCCAAGCCAGGGGAUGCGACAGGACCCCCUGAUGCCAGCACCCAUGCCCUGCUUCAGGAUCUGCUUAGUAUGGUGGCAGACCUUACCACACAAGUGACCAGCAUUGAUGCUCGUCUUGGCAAGCUGGAAGCACAGCAGUGUUCUGUACAGGCGGGUGCCUCUGCCUGCAGUACUGUGCCCCAGGGCUCCAAGCAUGACCAUCCUCAAGCCUCCCCUGGUCCUGAAGAAGCUGCAUCAGUGCCUGCUGAGGACUCUGACAAGCAUGGGCCCUCCCAUUCCCCAGAGCAUGCCACGUCUUCUCCUGCUGAGGGUACUGACAGGAAAGGUCCCCUCUCUACUCCUAAGGAAACAUCGGCCGCUGACAAGGUAACUGCUAUGGACUGUGCCCCAGUGGUGUCUGCAACAUCUGCUGGCUCCUCCACCCCACUCCAGAACACCCUUGCUCUUGGGUCACGCUGCUACUGCCUCAGACUUCCCCGCUCUGUGCCCUCCCUCCAGGACCACUACUGCCAGUCUUGCUGUUCCUCCUACUCCCACACCCAAGCCAGGGGAUGCGACAGGACCCCCUGAU